AUGACGUGUGCUCUGCGUAGUAGAGACAACGGGGCCGCGGGCGCCGCGAUCCGCCUCGGGAAGCCCCCACCUCCCCAUCCCGGGCCCGCGCGAGUAGUCCCUGCGCGGCCUCACGCGCUCCCAGGCGGCGGCGGCGUUGGCGGUGGAGGCCGCGGCUUGAGCGUGGCAAGGCGGCUCCCGAAGGCGCCCACUGACGGCGGCAAGGCGGCUCCAAGAUGGCCGCUCGGCUCGCGGCCGCGCUUUGAGGGACCGCGGCGAACUCGCGUUGUCUUUCCGCUGCUCGGAUCGCCCCGGCCGCCGGCGCUUUCCGGAGUCUUUUCUCCAGCAGACAUUCACCGAACAGCCAGAAUCAGAAUCACGGAGCAACCCCACCUGAUGUGUGUGCUCUGUGGAGGGUACUUCAUUGACACCACCACCAUCAUCGAAUGUCUACAUUCCUUCUGUAAAAGGUGUAUCCUGCGUUACUUGGAGACCAGCAAGUACUGUCCAAUCUGUGAUGUCCACGUUCACGAAACCAGACCACUCCUAAAUAUAAGGUCAGAUAAAACUCUUCAAGAUAUUGUAUACAAAUUAGUUUCAGGGCUCUUCAAAAAUGAAAUGAAGAGAAGAAGGGACUUUUAUGCAGCUCAUCCUUCAGCUGAUGCUGCCAAUGGCGCUAAUGAAGAUAGAGAAGACAUUGCCGAUGAAGGUAAGAGAAUUAUUACUGAUGAUGAGAUAAUAAGUUUAUCCGUUGAAUUCUUUGACCAGAACAGAUUGGAUCGAAAAGUAAACAAAGACAAAGAGACAUCUAAGGAAGAGGUGAAUGAUAAAAGGUACUUAUGGUGCCGCGCCAUGACUGUGAUGCACCUGAGGAAGUUUCUCAGGAGCAAAAUGGACAUACCUAACACUUUCCAGAUUGAUGUCAUGUACGAAGAGGAGCCUUUAAAGGAUUACUAUACACUGAUGGAUAUUGCCUACGUUUAUACCUGGAGAAGGAAUGGGCCGCUUCCUUGGAAAUACAGAGUUCGACCCACUUGUAAAAGAAUGAAGAUCAGUCACCAGAGAGACGGACUGACGGCUGCUGGGGACCUAGAGAGUGACUCUGGGAGCAACAAGGCCCACAGCCCCGCAGGAGGCCUCCCCUCCACCUCCUCGUGCCUGCCGAGCCCCAGCACCCCUGUCCAGUCGCCGCAUCCCCAGUUUCCCCACAUCUCCAGCACCAUGAACGGAACCAGCAGCAGCCCCAGCGGGAACCACCAAUCUUCCUUUGCCAACAGACCUCGGAAAUCUUCAGUCAGUGGGUCUUCAGCAACUUCAUCUGGUUGA